AGAUAAAGGCAGAUGUAAAGGUAGAGGUGAAAGUAGAAGUAGAAAGAAAAGUAGAAGCAGACGUAAGUGCAGGUGUGAUAGAAGCAGAGGUACAAGUAGUAGCAAAAGUAGAAACUAAAAGAUUACUUAAAUUUUCAUUUUAA